CACUUUAGUUUUUGGCCAUGCCUCCUGGGAUUUAUCAUGCCAGAAAAUGUACCUGACUCACAUCGCAAGAUUUGGGGAGGACACUGGCCCUUUCUCCGUUGAUAAUCCGUUUCUUCGAACGGGAGAUAAUCAUCAAAUGGCAGGCAGGAGCGAUGUCUGCAGGCAGAUGACCUCAUGGCCCACUGUGUUUGUUUGCUCUUGCCUUUAUUCAUGGGAUCUCGCUGGCUGGCUGACACCCCGCGAUGCUUGUGAAUCCGUUUGCUCGGUGGGCAGGAACGACUCAAAGAGGCCUCGCUCAUUGUCCGCCUUUCUAUCUUCCUCUCCGACUCUCUUCUCCACACCCCCGUUGCUGUCUCGAUCUUCUCUCCCUCAACACCAGGCCCGACCGCAUCCGGCAUUGAGAACUCUACCGCAAAGAUGCCCUCGUCCAAGGCUGCCAAAAAGAAGCAGCGCCUCAAGAAGGCAGCCGCUGAGAGAAACGCGGGCAGUUCUGAGAUGACCCAAGAGGACAUCACCCCCCUGGUCUCCGGCCUGGAGCCCAAGUCCUAUGAGCAAAUCAUCGUCGAUGCUGCUCGUAAAUUUGACGAUGUUGCCGAUAUGGUCGUCGAGCAGCACCAAUCACUUGUCAAAAUCCGGGCCCAUGAGCAAACACUUGUUGCCGACUUUGCCCGAAUGACCAAGGCAAUCGAGAGAUCCCUGGGUGCAAAAUAUCACGAGCUUCUUGCCCCCACCACAGCCGAAGAUCGUCCCACACGGGUCCGAAAGUACGCCAAGAAGUUGGCCAACGACAUCGAUGCCGCUCUGAACUACAUGACCGCUGAGAUCACGCCCGACUCGCUCUACGCCACCAAAUUUGCGGCCUUGGACGGUAUGCGGGCUGUGUUGGAGAGCAUUCUCCGCUGCCCCAAGCCUCUUCUGAGCGCUCGAUCCCGACAGCCAUCGUUCAAGAGUUGGGACAUUAAAUUGAUGGUGGUGUUGAAGCAUCUGAACUGCGAUGACAUGUGCAAGCUCAAGUGUGGCAAAUUCAGAUGCGGCGAGCAGAGACACCUACUCAGUGGAUGAAAGACAUGAAGCGCCUGUGUCUCCUCCACGAGAUUAUGGACAAAAAGGUCUUCAGUCAUUGGAUCGACCAUGCCUUUCAGUUCAAGUAUGAGAGCGUGCAAGCAACCACGAUCCCGCAGGCUGUGAAGCACGAGGUGACCAUCCGGCAGAAGAGUUCGCCUGUACCUUCCCCGGCUGAGGCUUCAUCCUCGCAGAGCCCAUCACUUGAGCCCGACCUGGCUGGGCCUUCCGAGAGCGCCUCCUCGUCCGAGCCGGUCAAGACAGAGCCCCCAAGGCAAAAUUGACCAAGGGUGAGCUCAAAAACAUGGUCUCUCUCCUUUUCCCCUCUAUUCUCGAGCAGAUCAUGACCUCCACAGUUCUCGCCCAUGCCUCAGUAAUCCCUGCGCUCAGGGCCGUCCGGAAGAUCAAGGCUGCGGCCGAAUCAUCGAUGGCCCAAGACUGGGUUCGAGUUGCCGGGGUUGUACACAGCGGCCUCAACGAUCGCUAUCGUAUCCGCAAGACCUACCGCCAC